AUGAAGACUACUGACGACAGACCAUUUGGUGGGAAAGUAGUUGUCUUUGGUGGUGAUUUUAGGCAAAUCUUGCAUGUUAUUCCAAGGGGGAACCGAGCUGAUGUAGUAAUGGCAGCUCUUAACGCAUCCUAUUUGUGGAAGUAUUGCAAAGUUUUGGAGCUUACGAAAAAUAUGAGGCUUUAUUCUGAGGCAAAUAAUCGUGAAGUAGAGGAGAUUAGAGAAUUCUCGAAAUGGAUCCUUGAUUUGGGAGAUGGCAAAAUUAAUGAGCCUAAUUUUGGUGAAACAAUGAUCGAGAUACCGAAGGAUUUAUUAAUAACUCAGUGCAAUGAUCCUAUUGAAUCUAUUGUUUCUGAAGUUUAUGGUAACACCUUCAAAGAUUCAAAGGAUCCAAUUUUUUUCCAAGAAAGAGCUAUAUUGUGUCCAACUAAUGAAGAUGUUGACAUGAUAAACAACUACAUGCUCGAUCACUUAACAGGUGAGGAAAAAGUUUAUUUAAGCUCAGAUAGUAUAGACCCAGCUGAUACAAAAUCAAAAAAAGAUGAUUCAGUCUUCACGCCAGAAUUACUAAAUAGUAUCAAAGCAUCAGGGUUACCUAAUCAUUGUAUACGGCUGAGGGUGGGUACACCAGUGAUGCUGAUAGGAAAUCUUGAUACCAAUGAAGGUUUGUGCAACGGGACGAGAUUGCAAAUUACGCAACUGGCUAAUCACAUUGUUGAAGCCAAGGUUAUCACAGGAAAACGCGUUGGUGAAAGGGUGUUCUUACAUCGUAUGCUAAUCACACCAACAGACGAUAAGCUACCUUUCAAGAUGAGGCGUAGGCAAUAUCCAUUGAAAGUUGCUUUUGCCAUGACGAUAAAUAAAAGUCAAGGGCAAACACUAGCAAAGGUGGGUUUGUAUCUUCCUAGACCUGUUUUUUCGCAUGGACAAUUAUAUGUGGCUGUUUCAAGAGUGAAAUCAAGGAAUGGAUUGAAGAUUCUUAUUACUAACAAGGAAGGGAAACCAGAGACUUCAACGAUGAAUGUGGUUUAUAAGGAAAUAUUUGACACUCUAUUCGAAGAGAAGAAAUGA